AUGCCUCCUCACAACCAUGGAAAGAAGAGAGCUGCCGAGACCCUUCAGAAGACAUCUAAGAGGCAAAAGGUGGCCUCUAAGCAUGUUGAGUUUGACAAUGGAGCUGUUAUGACCCAGUUUAGGCUGUCUGGUGAAUUCUCAUCUGAGGAUGCUGUCCAAGGUUCCCCAGCAAAGAAGAGAGGUGGUAGGAAAGGUCCAGGAGUUCAGAAUGUUGCUGAAAGAGAGGUGCUCAUGGCAUUUGCGUCGCCCCGGAGAGGUCGUGCCAAUCACCAGCACGAUCCAAGUGGGGAGGGCUCGAUAGACAAAUCUGUUCCAGUUGCUGAUAGUCGUGAAUACAUCAACAUUGAUAUUGCAGACGACUCUGAAGACUCGCCUACUAGUCCAACGCCAGCUGCAGGCUCUUCACGUGAUCUCCUGCCUGCUCCUGCCACCCCAACUCGCAAGCCAGCAGGUCCUCCCAAUUCACCUGUUGCCGGUCAGCGUCAGAAAUUGCCUCAUGAGCCUGCAGGCAACAGACAAGGCAAGCAAGCUAAGGAUGUCUGA